AUGAGGCUAUCCACAUCGUCCUGGCUGCUUGCAGGCCUCUGCUGCGCGGUCCAGACCCUCGCGCACGAGUCCCUGCCUACACCCACCAUCACACCCCCAUCAGGCGCAAGACUCGACGACCUCAUCCCCUCUGCAACGCCCUUCCCAACCCACCCAGACCUCAGAGCCCGGCAGAACCUCGGCGUCGACCAAAACCCCGGCGCCAUCCCACACCAAGUGCCCCCCGUGACAGUGUACAGCAUCGUCUCGCAAGUCGGUGCAACGGGCGCCGUGGAAAUCUACACCUACACGCAGCUCUUCGUCGCCGUGCCGGACCAAUUCCCCGUCGCGCAGGUGGGCACAAUCGGGUACGGCACGGAUCGGCGGCGGAAGCGCGAGGCGGUCAAUACGGGUAUUGCAGGCCGCAUCCAUGUCCCGUGA